CAAAAUUUAGCGGGAAAAAUGCUUUUUGCGUUGCGGUAGAUCUGCGUUUGCGUUAGUUAAUUUAGAAUCGUCAACAGUCGAAGUGACGAAUUUUUCAUUGGUACUCCAACUUUCGGCACAAACUCAUAGAUGUAGCUUUUUUGUCCCGAACACUUUCAUGUUUAUUACCUGACAAGUUUCAUAACUAAAAAAAUAUGGUUGUAGCUGUACUGUCUUUAGAUGAUGGGAGUGGAAGCAAUAGUAUAAAUUCCACCUCUAUCCUCCCGAUGACUCAAGAACAGAAAGAUUGGUUGUUAGCUAUCGUUGACUGUGAUCAGCCGAAAAUGACAAGAAUGCUUAAUCAACACCCUGAAUUAGCUGUAUGGAAGACUAGUAUCAAUGGAUAUACUGCACUACAUUAUGCAGCCAAAUAUGGAGAUUGUGCUGCUAUCCGAUUGUUACUUGGGAAUUAUCAUGUUCAAGUUGAUGCUCAGACAUGUGAGGGUAUGACUCCUUUACAUUUGGCCGCUUCUAACGGGAAUGAAGAUGUUAUAUGCUUAUUAACUUCCGUGUACAAAGCUAGAACUGAUAUACGAGAUUUUUGUGGACGGUUACCAAGCGCUUAUCUGCCCAAAGAAAAGGAGGCAUUAGCAAAAUACCUUCCGAAUCCUUUGCGCGUCCUUUUGCAAAAUUGUAAUAAUUAUUUAUAUUUGUUAGUGAGCCAACCAGAAACAAACCGAUUGUCAUCUGAUCCUGUUUCAAACGAAGAUAAUAGUAAUAAUGAGUGCAGUAGUGAUUGUGGGUUAAUGAAUAAUCUUAAUGCCCUACCUCCUACACCAAUUAAUUCUCAUUUUCCAUGGAGUCAAAAUAAUCAAAACUACACAGAAGAAUCGCGUCGACAACCAUCUCUUUCACGAGGCCUAGGUUCAGUUCGUAGCGGGAAACGUGAUUCUUCAAGAGAUAGGCAUAGAAUGUACAAAACCCUACCAUCUAGUGUGGUCAAUAAAAUAAUGUGUCUUCCACUGGUAGACUUGAAAUUCGUAAAUACGGGUUCCAGAAUUCCUACAGUCAAGCUAAAAUUUGAUGAUCCCAAAAGAAUUUUCGAUUCAAAUUUUCGGUAUGAUGAUGUAAAACUCAUCCAAAAUGUAUACACACAUAUUCGUCAGAGGCGUAAAACAGCUUCAUUUUAUUAUAAUCCAUGUAAUCCUGAGAGUACUAAAUCAUCGGAACCAAAUGUUAAAGAUAAUACUGGCCGCUUGGGACCAUCAAAUUUACGUUCAACUGUUGGUCGUCAAUUAAAGCGCCACAUAUAUAAUGCUCGCAGUGCGAUGUCGGCAACCCAAAACAAUGAAUUAAGUGAACUUGUAAACAAUAAUAAUAAUGAUAGUGAUGAUGACGAUGAAUUUACUGAUCCACCAACUCCAACAAAUGAACUGAAUGAUGAAGAGGAUUAAUAGUACAAACAAAUAUUUUGUGCCUUUUUUUAAUUACUUUGAAUCCAAAUUGCUUUCAUUAUUUUUCCCUCCUGUUAUUAACUUUUGUAUCGGACUAAUAAUAUAUUCAUCUAUUUGCUUUUUUCUAUUAAAAUAACUUUUCGUUUCGAAAACAAGAUUAUUUAUAUUUAUAUUAUAUAUUAUGUGCCAAAAUUUUAAUCUGGGAUUUAAUAAAUGCUUAGUAAUAAAAAUAUUCUAUUGAUUUGCUUCCUCUUUUUUUAUUGUAUCAAUAUUCUUGUGUGAAACAUCAGAACUAGAAUUAUUGCCAAGACUUGCUUGAUCACAAGUAUGAUCUUUAUUUGAACACUUAAGAAAUUGCAUCAUUAUAUUUGAGCUACCAUAAGAUUUAGUCAUUUUCCUGUAAAACAAGAAAUGGAAAAUGAAAAAAAAAAAUUCAUAUUGCAUUCAA